AUGCAAAAGGGAAAUGAUGGACACCUGCUCGUGGGAAUUUCCAGUGAUACAUUUCUGAACAUAACAAAAUAUUUAACAAUCAAUGAAACGCUGAAAUUGAAGCUUGUUUGCAAACAUUUUCAUGAGUAUAUAAAAGAUGAAAAGGCUUUUUAUUUAAACGAAUGGCUCAACCUGAACAAUUACAUCAAAUUUGUCCGUUUUGUGAACCCCGAUAAGUUUAGUGCAUUCAUCCUCUCCCUUUUAAACGAUGAAAAAAAUGUCUACCAAAGUCCUUUCUGUGUUAGAAAGAGCCUCGAAUUUGGAAUCGAGAAGAAGCAGUUGAUUUUGCAUGACAAAUCGUUUUUAAAAAAAAUAACGUUGAAAGGAGAUUUUUUGAGAAAUGCAAAUUUUUAUGAUAUCAGCUUAUUGAUAAAUGCACAUGCGAGAACUCUUGAAGAAUUACACAUUCAUGGUCUGAAUGAUGUGAAUUGUCCUUUGAUAAUUUACUCAAAUUAUGGAAUACUUUUCGAGUUUCUAUCGAAAGAAGUUCUGAUGAAUAAUUUAUCACUUAAUUGUGUAAGCAAGAGUAACUUGAAAUAUAUUCAACAUUUGUUGCUUCAUCAGAAAGGAAGACUAAGAACCAAAAGGAAAAAAAAUGCAACAAGUGGUUUGGGAGAGGCAGGGAGAGAUGCCAAUAAAUGUAAAAACUGCCAUAAGUUCAGUAUAUUCCACGUCGAAGAAGAAAAUGCGGGCGAAGAAGAGCACAGUGGCAUGGAGGAAGUAAGAGAUAAAAAUUGGAAAAAUAAAAAAGGGCAAUUAAACAGGGAAUGUGGUGAAGAGGAGUCGAUGGAAGACGAGAGAUGGGAAAGAGAACCGAUGGAAGACGAGAAGUGGGAAAACGAACCGAUAGAAGACGAGAAGUGGGAAAGAGAACCGAUGGAAGACGAGAAGUGGGAAAGAGAACCGAUGGAAGACGAGAAGUGGGAACGCGAACCGAUGGAAAACGAGAAAUGGGAACGCGAACCGAUGGAAAACGAGAAAUGGGAACGCGAACCGAUGGAAGACGAGAAGUGGGAAAGCGAAUCGAUGGAGAACGAAUCAAUAAAAGAUGAUCCAUCUGGAGAGGAAUCGUGGCUGAGUGACAACUACAACUUUUGCAACUGCAAAUCAAGAUACAUGAACCAGCUAAGUAGAGGAAAAAAGAUACACAUUAUAUGUGAGCAUAUCAGCAUAGUAUACAAUCGGGAUAUGAAAUGUUUUGAAACAAUAAAAAAUUACAAGCAGAAAAUGCACUUAAGUCAUUAUGUAAACAAUUUAAAUAUAUUGAAGAUUUUAAAUUUAUCAGGAAUUCAAAGUUACGAUAUGAUAGAAAUGCUCAUCUCAGUGCAUUUACCAAAGUUAAAGACACUAAACAUUUCAUGCUAUGAUUAUUUCUUUUAUUUCUAUCACAUGCUUAUUUCUAUGUUUCUCUAUGGAAAUGGAAAGGAAGUAUUUUCUCGAUAUCUAAAUUUAAAAAAAAUGCAAAGUUGCAGAGAUAAUAACAAUGGAAAAAAAGUAGAAAACAGUUUUUUACAGUCCAGCAAAGAAAUGUAUGAAUUUAUGAAACAAACAGAUGAAGAAGUAAUUGAAGCCAACAAUAUUUCAACCACUUUCCAAAAAAGGUAUGAACAGGAUGCUAUAAAUUACUAUGAAUAUAAUGUGACUAACAAUGCGAAGAAAAUUUUUUUCACCCCAAAAUAUAAGGAUAAAAUAUGCAACGUCGGGGUGAACCAGCCAGUGCAUUAUGCGGAUGGCACUUACAUACGACAGGAUUCAGAUGCAGAAAAUGUAGUUCAUCCUGUCAUUUACCACAAGGUGGGUUCUACAGAGAGUAGCUGUAGUGGUGGUAGUGGCUGUAGUGGCGGUAGUGGCGGUAGUGAAAAUGGUGUAGACAAGGCAUGCACCAGCAUUCGCAGCAUAGGAAGUGCUGAAGAAAUCGUGGACAAGAAAUUUGGAACCACAGGAAGUAACGGAAGUAUGGAAAGAGAUUACUACCAUGAUUCGUGGGUAUGUCAUGUGCAAAGGGAGAAAAGGAGAUGUGAUGAAGAGGACGAAGGAAAAAUGAAGACACUGAAGAGAGGAGGAUACAUUUGGCUAGUAGAAAAUCAUAAGCACAAGAAAAACGUAAGCAUAGAAAUAUUAUACUUAUUUAAAAACAUAAUCGAAAAAGAAGAAAAGAAAGGAAGAAAAAAUAUUAUAUGUUUAUUGAAUAAUUUAAAUAUAGAACAUUUUUCAUUAUUCAAUUACGGGCUUAGUAGUCCCUUUUUAUGGUUAUUAUUACUUAUAAGAUGUGAGAAUUUAAAAACAGUUGCUAUAUUAGAUUUAUGCUUAUCACAUUUAUUAUCGGCAUUAACAUUUUUAGAAGCAUAUUUAAAGCAAAACUUAUUUAACUUUCAAGGAAUGAUGAGAAGAAGAAGAAAGCGAAUGGGAAGCAUAUACUUCAGAUUUAACGAUGAAGAAGAAAUUCAUUUUGUGAAUCAAAUGUACACAAAUAUUAUAAACGAAUUAAACUUGUCCAAUUUUACACCCAAAAAAAAUAAAGUUCUUCACAUAGUCAUAUAUGUGUAUAAUAAUAAAAAAGAAAACAAACAGUUUAUUAAAUACAUAAGAAAAAUUUCAAGAUCCCUGUGGAGAUGUAAUUAUGUCGUUCACUAUUCUAUCCAAUAUUACAAGUACAAAUAUUUUAACUGCUACUUUGAUAUUGACAAUUUGUACAGAGACUACGUUAUUAACAUUUUAUUAACAAAUCAUAAACUUAAUCAGAAGCUGCUGCACCAUCACCGAUAA